AGAGGUGGGGCGGAUCAGUCGAUUGCCAGAGGAGAACGAAUGAAGGGGGUGUCCGCCGACCGCAAACUCUUCCUGUGGAUGGAUAUGUGAGAGCCAUUUGUGGAGGGUGGUUCUAUAAAGAUCUCCACUCAGCUGGCCUCACUUGGACGUUUUCCGCUCUACUGAGUUUCUACCGGAGCCAACAAGGUUCCUGAGCUGCCAUGAACCUAGAGCCUGCAAAGUCUGAGAUUAAGUCAGCCACCCGCGUAGUGGGAGGGCCCGCAACUCCCAGGAAAGGGCCACCUAAAUUCAAACAGAGGCAGACCCGACAGUUCAAGAGUAAACCUCCAAAGAAAGGCAUUCAAGGAUUUGGUGAUGACAUUCCCGGUAUGGAGGGUCUAGGAACAGACAUCACCGUCAUCUGCCCCUGGGAAGCCUUCAAUCACUUGGAGCUGCACGAAUUGGCCCAAUAUGGUAUCAUCUAAAGACCGACGGCUCCAUCCAUCUACAAGCCUGUUUUAUUUAUUUUGUUUUUUCGUUUUUCGUUUUUUCUCUAUGGCUGGCCACUGCAAGGAGAUGUAGUUUGUGUAGGACUCAGUACAAGACAAAACUAACCAACUCUGCUUCUCUGACGACUCUGAGCCGAGACCUUGGUUUUCGCCCCUGGCACAAACAUAUGCACACACUUUAGUGUCAACCUUCCAUAUACAGGUCUGCUCUUCCCUGCCCAUGGGGCGGCAAUCUCUGGCCAGCCUGGGGGUGGCGGUUUCUCGCACAUUUCACCCUCGUUCCUGAAAGCACAUCUCAUCAUGUUUCCCCCUCCACCAACAUUAACCUUUUUACAUAUAAUUACCUUUUUUUAAACUUAAGAUAAUUGUUUUGCUAGCCUUUUCUCUGGCAUGAUAGUUAUUUUUACCCUUGGAAUGUAGAUGUACUUUAUUAAAUUACCCAUUCUACUUUG